AUGAAUAAAAUUGUAUUAAAUAAUAAUGUAUAUCUAGCUCCAGGUGGUGCGAAACUUAUUGACAAUUACAGGCCUGAUAAGAUGUCUCUAUGGUUGGACCUCAUGCCCCGUCUCUUGCGGGUCUCCUCCAUGCAUGCUUACGACCCCAAGAGUUCGUUCGCCCAUAAAAUAAUAGGCCUCUCUAAUCAUAACAACCACAGGGGCAAAACCUCGAGCAAGCCAACGAAGUAUCGCACCAACUCAACCAACAAAACUAAACUGGCCGAUCUGAAACUUCUACAAAAGAAUUCAAGGUCAGCAUUGACCAAAUCUUUUUCAACGAAACCUCUGAAUGGUUUCAACAACUCCAGUUCUACCAACAUUCUCGGCGUUCAAAACAUGAGCACAAGCAACAUCACAAUACCCCAGCACAUGUACACAUCCAUCACUCCUCACUCCUUUUUCACGUUCUACUUGACACUAGUCAUUGGACUAUCUCUACUGUGCCUUAACCUCGUGGCCUUCCUCGUUUUCUGCAUUUUCAAGAGUUACAUCUCUGCCAAAAGAAGCAGCAGCAACAAGAACAUCUGCCUGGCCAAGUCGGACCCGCGCUUCCAAGAGGAGUUAGGGGGGUCCGAACAUAAAUGUCAUAACAGCAGCGAUAGUAACUUUUCUAACAGGUACACGAAAACUUAUUGUAAAACAAGUGAAAUUAGUAAGGAGAUUAAAGUUAACAAUGAAAAAUUGAAAAAGCAAAAAGCAAAAGAAUCUUUUGCGUCUCUAAACAACGCUAACGACUUAACUUUCAACAAUGUCGUCGAGUUGCUAGAUAACGACAAGUCAUCAGCCAACAGUCUUACAACACUUCAGCUAGCAAAUUCCAUCUUACCAUCCCACAAUAACAGCAACAAUAACAACAACAGCAACAGCAAUACCAAUUUUCCUCGUUCAUUGCAUCAACGUCAGCGCAGCCAGCGGGAAGAUUGGACAAACGACCAUCACCCAGCAAACCUUCACAAAAACAAACCAAGAGAAUUCAGCGUUCGUUUUUUAGAAGCAACUAGCAGCCCGAACGAUCAUGGUCACGAAGGUUUUUGCAGUAAGGAGAAUAGAAGAGAUGGAAGGAAAGUGAACCAGGAUGGGUUACUGACAAUUCCUUCUUUCGCCACUUUCAACCAAUCCACCGUGUGA